GUGGUCCGGUGCCGACGUGGCGCGCGCCUGGGCGGAAAGAGCGACGGCGCCGCGAGAGCCACCGAACACCAUGUCACAAGAGGAUGCAGUGGGAGACCCUCCGACACGCACAGAUCCCACUGUCUUUGAAACGUCUUCAGAGGAACGUGACCCUGUUCCUGCACCCAGAACAGAUGAUUCUCCUUCUGCUCCUCCACUCUCUUUUGCUACGCCAGAGCCUCGGCCAGCAAAUGAGGGUGCAGAAGAGCACCCUCCAGCCACCCAGGCCAAAGAACCUCCUCAGGGCCAGUCGGAGCAAGGCUCUGGGGAUCAUAUGGCUGAAUGCAACGAAUCAGUGAGCUUGGAGCCGGACGCUGCUGAAGCAGAGGUGGAGAUCUCAGAGCCCUCUCCAUCUAAAGGCUGGGGUGGAUGGGGCUCCUGGGGAAAGUCCCUGCUGACCAGUGCCACGUCCACAGUGGGUCAGGGGUUAAGCUCUGUGAGAGAGAAAGCGGGUGUGGCAUUGCGGAUACGCCAGCCAUCUUCAUGUGAGGAAGCUGAGGAGGCUGAAGAACAUCCAGGUGCUGAGUCCACAGAGCCGGAUCAGACUGGUCAGACGGAUGGUUCAGUGGCCCAGUCCAGCAGCGCACCAAGAGGAGUGCUGUCCACCAUCACCAGUGCCGUACAGAACACUGGUAAGUCUGUUCUGACUGGAGGUCUCGACGCGUUGGAGUUUAUUGGGAAGAAGACGAUGACGGUGUUGGCAGAGAGUGACCCAGGCUUUAAGAAGACCAAAAUCCUCAUGGAGAGAACUGUGUCACUAUCCCAGGUGCUGAAGGAAGCCAAAGAGAAAGAGCGGGAGAAGUUGGGCAGUCAGACAGUGUCCGAACCCACGGCCCAUUACAGCAUUCUGUUUGAUGAUUACCAAGGCCUGUCCCACCUGGAAGCUCUGGAGAUACUGUCCAACGAGAGUGAGGGGAGGGUUCAGGCCGCUCUUGCCUCCUUGGAGGGGGAGCAGUUGGAGCUUGUGAAGAAGGAGCUGAUUGAGAUUAAGGAGAUCUUCAUCGCGAUGGAGGAAGAGGAGGAUGAGACGAGUGCUGAGGAAAACGUUGCUGAUGGGGAAGAAUUUGUCAGUGUGCUCACAGAGCUGCUCUUUGAGCUACAUGUUGCUGCUACACCAGACAAACUGAACAAGGCCCGUGUGAAGGCGUACGAUUGGGUGAAAGAGGUGGAGAAGCCCGCUGCCACCGACGUUGCUAAGGAGGCAACCGAGGAGGCGAGCAAAGACAGCUCUGCCCCUUCCACCACUGAAGGAUUAGAAGAAGGAGAGAACAAAGAAGGGAGUGAGAAAGAAGUCGAGAACGGAAAUGCAGAUAACGGCUCCCCCAACAAACUGGAGAGUGUGUAUAUGUCCUCGGUAGGCAGUCUUGCGGAGGUGACCGCUCGUAGUAUAGAGCAGCUCCAUAAAGUGGCUGAACUGAUAUUGCAUGGACAAGAUGUCGAGAAACCAGCAGUCCAGCAGGCCAAAAUACUGUCCAGGCUGACCUGUGCUAUGUGUAAGGAGGUGGGCUGCAUGGCGCGCAGGUUCUCUGAUACACUUCUGACUGUAGGGAGCCAGAGGAAAGCAGAAGAAUUGAACCCUUUGGUAAACAGCGUGUUGUUUGAGGGCUCCAACAGCACUACAUAUAUUCAUAAUGCUUUCCAGCUGCUGCUGCCUGUUCUGCAGAUUUCCUACAUUCAGACCAGCCAAACUCCAGCUAAAACCGACCCAGAACCAGCUCCUACAGACUGACCUCCUCCUGCGUAUGUGUGCGUGACUCAUGUAUGUUAGUGUGUGUUGCUUUCUUCUGUAAUCUGCAAAAAUUGCAAUUUGCAAUGCCUUCGUGUACAGUUAAGCAAUCCACUUAGAGAUAUUUAGAACAGCUAAUUCAGAAUAUAAUAUAGACUUAUUAUAAUAACUUAUUUAGGAUGCUCUAGUGUCAGUCCUAUAAUAGUAUCUUUAAAUGUGUUCAUUUACUGUAUAAACAAAUGCAGACACUAGUGACUGAUUGUAUUAUAAUGUAAUGACAUGAAAUUGAGUGCUAUGCAGUGCAUUUGCCUUCAAGUCACAAACCAAAUCCAUUACGAAUUUUUUGAACACUAACCAAAAUAACUACGCUGCCUUUAUUUGAAAGGGACAGCAAUUAGGAGUUUCAAGCCUAUGCCAGUGUUUUCAACUUGGAUCCUUACAUUGAUUCACAUUGAAUUUUUGUUUGCAUUGCGAUGUAAUAAUGGUGUCUAACGUUACACAGUCAAGCUUUCAUGCAACCGGAGUUGCUUGAAACCUGCAUGAAACUAAACUGCGCUCGAGUUGAAAAGUGUCCUGAAACUCGCUUUAAACCCAGCUGUUUGUGAAACAGCAACUCGCAUUGCUGAUAAUGGAAAAAACAGAAAACAGGAAUGUUGAGAAAAUUCAAAUCUAACCAUCGCAAAUGAUGUCACAAAGGAUAUCUCUCACACUGCCCCCAUAUACAUUAAACAGAGGCUCACAUCCAUACCAGCACACACAUACACACAUUAGUAACAACCUGGGAUACCAUACCAAUGGCAGAGCAGCAAAUUACUAUAGCAAUGGCCAAGCUACAUCCUAACAUCACCUUUUCAUCACUUGAGAUAUCAUAGAAAUGGCCUUGCAAUACCUUAGCACCCACCUGGGCUUUCGUAACGGCUUUUCCAAGCCAAUUUAAAGUUCCAAACUUUCCCCUUGUGGUCCAUUUUGUCAGUUUCCUGACAAACACAUGUAACAAAUGUAAGUUUCUCAAAGCUAACAUUUCUGUAACUAACGCUAGCAGCUGUUUAGAUGACUGCUCACAGAAGGGGGGACCAGGAUGCCGUCCUCAGUGAACUGCUUUUAGGACUGGAUGAGUGAUGCAUCAAAUCAGUUCUAACUAUAACGGCUAGUUAAAGGCUUAAAAUAUAGAGCUACAAAACAAAACAAAAACAUAUAUAGCAAAGAACCAUAGAACAACAGUUUGAGAAGAAGAAUGGCAACGCAAGCUGGAAAAGAUGUAUAAAGAAUUACAGCUUGCGGAUGACCGUAAAGCAAAAACGAUACAGGGUAUCAAAACAUACAAGCUGCUAAUGUAGUUAACUAGUGGAGGAACUGAAAUUGUUGCAUGCAACUUUGAUUACUUUGAAUUGUUUUGUGUAACCGGCAGGUUGCACAGUAAUUAUGUUGCAGGCAACUGACAACACACAACUGAAACUUUCACUGUGUAAAGCCAGCUUAACCAUAAUUAAUAGAUCAAAAUGGUCUGAAUUCUAGAGCCACAUAGAGAACUACACAAAAAUAAUUUCAGUUAGCCUGAGACAAAUUCUGCAUAAAUGAAUGCCUGGAAUAAACCUCCCGUGGCCUAUAACUCUGCGAGCAAUGCUACAGCAAGUCAAUUGCUUCAUAAAUCUGGCACACACAACAGCCGGAAAUGAAACAAAGUGAAUGGAUGCUACAUCUGCAUAAUAUGUCACCCAGCUUGAUUGAAGGGCAAAGCCCUGGCAGAUCUGCCACCGUCUGCACUGAUUGAAUAAUGAUUUAAUGCAAAUGUCAGAAAAUUGAUAUUUGGGAUUUCUGCUUGUGGCAGCAUUUGCACAUGAACACUGAUUGCGACUUUGGCUAGUUUGAUUAGCUUCGUAGUCAAAUAGCAAAGCAUAGAAAAAUCUGUGCGCUUUUAAAACAGCCAGAAAAGAAAGACAUUCCACGUGUAGUGACAUUUCAGUCUGUAACCCGUUAUUAAAUUUGGAUCUGCAGCAUUAAUGUAUGAGUAAAUGAAGGGUUACAGCUGUACCUCACCUGAUGUUUUAUUUUCUCUCUGAGCAAAAUAAGAAUUGCAUAUAAUGAUGUAAGAUUCACCAAAGUGCUUCACUGUUUGCUAAUGUGUAUUCCUAUGUAUUGGAGGAACACCUCAGUCUUUUUAAUCUAAGCUCUGUCCGCUGUAUUUGUAGCCAAUGGUGGAUUACAUUUUUUAAUUUGAUGCCAAAUUUCUAUUUAUUAGUUUAAUAUUGGAAACUAUAAAAUGUGCCACAGGCCACUUUUCCAAUGUCUAAUUGUGUAUAAAAAUGUGCAAAAUCGACAAAAUGACUUGACCAGGGGUGCCCAAACUUUUGCUGGGAGGCAAUAGAGAAGUUAUUGUCUGUUGUAAUCGCUUAUAUAAUACAGGUGCAGCAGAUAGAGAUUAGCUCGACACUAGAGUGUUCCAGUAAUGAUCUAGUUUGGCCUCGUUUACUUCCACAAGUGCUUUAUGCUGGUGGCCAUCCAGCAAUAGUGGGAGCCAACCGUAUGACCACAGAUCUUGGCUUUGACUCACAGCAUUUGACCCCAGCUGAUGGUUACUGCUAUUCUGCCCUUGACUAAGGCCCUUCACUUUGGUGAGUUGCUAUGGGCAAUAUCAGAAAAUGUAAAUAUAUUUUUUGAAACUACUAUUUAGAUGUUACUUAAUGUUUCCCAACAAUCUAAGCCUAUUGUGCGCUAUUACAUAAGAAGGGAAACCACCAAAGUGCUUUAUUAAAUAUUGUAAAAGGGGUUAAAGGUGUUUGUAACUGAUAUCUGCCUUGCUUAGGACCAUUCAUGCCUUUCACAUCAAUAAAAUGACAAACAUUAA